CGUGCGGCGUCGCUCCCAUGGCAACCAAGGAACCAGCGGUCCCAGGCCCAGAGCGGCUCUCCCGGUCUGAGUAAUUCUAGGCCCGGCCCGACGUCCAGCCCGAGACGUUGGGUCAGCCGAGCCAGGAUGCCCAGUGAAACUCUCUGGGAAAUUGCAAAAGCUGAAGUGGAAAAACGGGGAAGUAAUGGAAGUGAAGGUGAUGGAGCUGAAACUGGAGAAAAAUCUGUUUUCUUCAUUGGCAGUAAAAAUGGGGGAAAGACUACUAUUAUUCUAAGGUGCCUUGACAGGGAUGAGCCACCAAAACCAACCUUAGCUUUGGAAUAUACGUAUGGAAGAAGAGCAAAAGGGCAUAAUAUACCAAAAGAUAUUGCUCACUUUUGGGAACUAGGUGGUGGAACCUCUUUGUUGGACUUAAUCAGCAUACCAAUCACAAGUGACACCUUACGGACAUUUUCUAUUAUUCUUGUUUUGGAUCUUUCAAAACCAAAUGACCUUUGGCCCACCAUGGAAAAUCUGUUACAAAACACAAAAAGUCAUGUGGAUAAAGUGAUAAUGAAACUGGGAAAGACAAAUCCCAAAGCAUCUUCUGAGAUGAGACAGAAGAUAUGGAGUAAUAUGCAGAAGGAUCACCCAGAUCGUGAAUUAAUUGACCCAUUUCCAAUACCUCUGGUUAUAAUUGGCAGUAAAUAUGAUGUUUUCCAGGAUUUUGAUUCUGAGAAGAGAAAGGUAAUAUGCAAGACACUUCGCUUUGUUGCACAUUAUUAUGGAGCAUCAUUAAUGUUUACCAGUAAAUCAGAAGCACAAUUACUAAAAAUACGUGGCGUUAUCAACCAGUUGGCAUUUGGCAUUGACAGAGGCAAAUCAAUAUGUGUGGAUCAGAAUAAACCACUGUUUAUCACAGCAGGAUUGGAUUCUUUAAGUCAAAUAGGAUCUCCGCCUGUUCCUGAUAAUGACAUUGGGAAGCUGCAUGCCCAUACCCCGAUGGAGUUGUGGAAAAAAGUAUAUGAAAAGCUCUUUCCACCAAAAAGUGUCAACACACUAAAAGAUAUCAAGGACCCUGCACGAGACCCUCAGUAUGCUGAAAGUGAAGUUGAUGAGAUGAGAAUUCAGAAGGAUCAGGAGCUGGAGCAAUACAAAAGAAGCUCUUCCAAGUCUUGGAAACAAAUUGACCUUGAUUCUUGAACCUGAUUCAACUAUCAAUAUUUAUUUUCCCUUUCCUAAAUACAAGUAAGACUUUCACUAAUUAGCUAUUGUAAUAAGAAAAUUUGUGUGAUUUCUAAAAGGAAAAGUGGAAUUUCAUAUAUUAGUGCAACUCCCUGGAUAUUUUAAAAUCUUUUAAAAGGAGAAAAAUGUUUAACUACAUGUAAUUUAAAAAAAAAAUUAAAAUAUUUUACUACCUAUCACUAACAUGUUUAGUAUA